AUGAUGGCGGAGACGCCUCAGGACCCAGGAAAGUCCAUCCUUCGGCAAGGAUUCUUUCACGAACCCGAUAAAUCUGUUGGCAGCAGGGUUGAUAAGAUUCUGACCAAGGGCUACUAUUUCAAGAACGUCGAAGGCCUGGAAUUUUGCAGGGCCAGUGUCUUUGAGGAUAAGUUCCUCUUCGAUCAGUCAUCGCUUGGCCUCUUCAAGACAUACGGUCCUUCGAAGCACCAUUACUGCAUUUUGAACCGAACAAAGGCGGAGGCGGAGGUGCUCAUAGUCCUACUAUGGGCCAGCGGAUCUAAGGCAGUAUUCUUCGGAGGCUCACAUCUCUACCUUCUAAACGCUGUUGGUGCGCCCAAUGGUUUGUUGUCGAUACCACCGGAGAACCUUGAACGGCCAGGUAUCACGCGCAGAGAAGAAGACAUCCCAGAUGGUGGCUACACCAUCUUAGAUGGGAGAACAGGAUUCGGAGUGUUGGGUGGACGUAUUGUGGCCUUAGCAUUUGUCACGCCGGAUGAGCUACAACAUUGGGCUAAAAUGACACUGCCCAAAAUACCGGAGCUGGUGGCCAAGGCCCAGGAGAUUCGCAGUGAGGCGAUCAACGCAAAUUUUGAGUUUGUGGAACCCAGGCCAUUUCAUGCGGAGACAAACUUGCAAACUUGAUACACAUGGUUCUGCUCAGAUGGCACUAGAAUGGAACCCUUCGUUCGGGAAAGAUUGCUGCCCCAUGUAAAGCCCGCUAUGUCCCGCUGUUGUGUCUACGGGAUGGUAAUCGAAUGUCACAUCGUAUGGUACAUCCAUCGUGUACGAUGAGACAACUGGUGCGCGACGCGGUAAAGCUUCCGGAAGUUGAUUGUUGACAUGGUCUCCCUGAAACUCAAGGUCGGCGCGGUCGCCACUGCGCCAAUCCGUUUCUUCGACCCUAGGAAGGAUCCCGAAUGACUGGAGGUUCACCUCGUAGGCAGCUAGUGGCUUCAGGAGCGGAUGACUAGCGGUAGCAGGCGCGUUCGUGGUGUGAGCUUGUGCUUCGCUGCCCACAGGAGCCUGGCCUGCCGUCGAAUCAUCUAAUCUUCGGUUACUUGAAGGAGUGGCAGCAGUGUGUAGUGAGGACACACCUGGGAGAGGAAUCCAUUCACAGGAACCGGGCGGCCUGUGAUUACGUGCUCCAUUGUCAUCAUGCCUCCAUCUUUUGUUUGGACCGGAGAGGUCCGAGUCUGUCGACGACCUCUUUCCGGUCCCCUUGUCAGCAUGCGUUCUCGUUAAAAGCUCCUCCAAUUCGGAACUCGCAGCUUGAUUUAACGAGCGUCGCUUUUGAACAGCCUCUGCUAUGUGCUCUCGAGAGAC